AUGAAGCCGUACAAAGUUCAAUUGGUGCAACAGCUAAAGCCAAUUGACCAUCCGAGUCGUCUACGAUUCGCAAAUUGGGCGGAAAAUUGUUUGGCGGAGGAUAACGAAUUUUAUCGAAAAAUCAUCUUUUCGGACGAAGCUCAUUUCCACCUCGGUGGUUAUGUUAAUAAGCAAAAUUGUCGCAUCUGGGGCACAGAAAACCCGCACGUCGUCAUAGAGAAGCCAAUGCACCCACAACGAGUGACUGUUUGGUGCGGACUUUGGUCUGGCGGCAUCAUCAGUCCAUUUUUCUUUGAAAAUGAAGCAGAAAUCGCCGUAACCGUUAAUGCCGAGCGCUACCGCGCAAUGUUGAACGAUUGGUUCUUUCAAGAAAUUGAAGCUGACGACUUGGACGAUGUUUGGUUUCAACAGGACGGUGCAACGAGCCAUACAGCACACGCCACAAUCGAUGUUUUACGCCGCAUUUUCGGAAAUCGAAUAAUCGGCAGAAAUGCUGAUGUGAAUUGGCCACCAAGAAGCUGCGAUCUGACGCCAUUGGAUUAUUAUCUUUGGGGAGCGGUGAAAGAUAAGUGUUACGCCAACAAUCCAGAAACAAUUCAAGACCUCAAGACCGAAAUUCAAGCUGCUAUUGGUGAAAUAGAGCCCCAAACAAUCGAAAAUGUAUUAAAAAAUUGGGUGGAACGAAUAGGCUACUGCCAAGUCAGCCGUGGUGGUCAUUUGGCCGAAAUUAUUUUUCAUAAAUAA